CUCCUCUCCCUGUCGCGUACGUUAGUAUCUGGCGAAGUCAGCGCCCUUUGAUUUUCAUCGUCUGGCUACCUCCACUGUCCACUACCAGCCACAGUUCCAGGGCUGGAGAUUGAUCCACAGUUGACCACCCAGUUGUCUUCCUUGCCUAAGCUACGUGGACGCCUUUCCUGGGAUCACAUAUCCAGUGUCCUCUGGGGGUAGUGGAGCCAACCUCAGGACUACGGAUUGAUCAUGACUUCUAUAAAAGAGCAGGCAGCAAUUAGCAGGCUCUUAAGCUUUUUACAAGAGUGGGACAAUGCUGGCAAAGUUGCAAGGAAUCACAUCCUCAACAAUUUCAUUCAAACCAACCAAGGCAAGACUUCCCCUGAAUUGGAGCAGGAGUUUUCCCAAGGAGCCAGCUUGUUCCUUGUACGCUUAAUCACCUGCCUUAGAAUCACCUAUAUGACUGGCUCAUGUUUAGAAAAGCUUUUGAAGUCCAUUGGCAUCUUCUUAUCAGCUGUGGGCAGUAAUCGGUACCUGAUAGAAUUUCUUGAGGUUGGAGGUGUCCUAACACUCUUGGAAAUACUUGGAAUGGAGAAAAUCAAGGAAGAGGACAAGAAGGAAUCCAUCAAGCUACUUCAGCUUAUUGCAAAUUCUGGCAGGAAGUAUAAGGAGCUUAUUUGUGAAAGCUAUGGUGUACGAUCCAUAGCAGAAUUUUUGGCACUGUCUAAGUCCGAAGAGACCCAGGAGGAAGUGCAGGUUCUCUUGGAUUCUUUGGUUCAUGGUAAUCCCAAGUACCAGAAUCAAGUGUAUAAAGGUCUAAUAGCUUUGCUGCCCUGUGCACCCCCUAAAGCUCAGCAGCUGUCCCUGCAGACACUCAAGACUGCCCAGUCCAUCAUCGGAACCACACAUCCCAGCAUCGUGGACUGUGUGCUGAAGGUGCUAGGCACGAUGCACCUGGAAGUCCAGUAUGAAGCCAUUGAGCUGAUAAAGGACCUGGUCAACUUUGACGUGCGCCAGUCGCUGCUCAGGAGCCUCGUGGCACUGCUAAUACCAUCUGUCAAGGAGAUGUCCAAACUGCAGCCCAAGAUCCUCACUGACUCCCCGAUUCUCCAGCUCACCGCCCACCUGCCAGUGUUCUUGCAGCAGGCCGCGGCCGCCAAGACCAUUGGGGUUCUGGCGCGUAGAGACAUGAGCAUCGCUGAGGAGAUGCUGCACAUGCGCGUUGUGCACAGCCUGAUGGCCGCCAUGGGCAACACGGACCAUAGCAACAGCCAGAGGCUGGCCUCCCUCACCCUGGAGUUCUUCGUGCAGACGUUCCCGGUGGUGGAGGAACACGUGCGCAAGUCCAUGGGGGAGGAACUCUACCAGCUCUUCCUCAUCCACGGUGAGGACUUGUACAUGAAAAUAGAUAGCAUUCAGGCAGACAUCUUGGCAGCCAAUGAAGUCAAUGUUACCAAAGCGUUGAACCUUUAUGACGCCUCCAACAGCAACUUCAGCGUUGUACUUGACACUGGUGUUCUGAAUCAGAUGACUUACAUUACACACUUCGGGGAUGUGGAGGAGGACACUGAAGAGGACGCAGAAUCCAAGGAGUAACAGACUCCCUGUGGCAAACCAGGAAGGCCAAAGUUGUGUGGCAGGGAAGCCUGGCAGAGAGAAGGAAUCGGUGACUCCACUUGGCUCCAGAGGAGGCUGGGGGUUAUGCAUGCAAUGGGGAAGAAGGAAGGUUGCUGGCUGGA